CUGCCUUCAAUAAAAAACGGUAAGCCACAAGCCAUAGUUCAUGAACACGCUUCUAAUCGCCCCAGGCCGGUAAUGACCAGAUCGCUCAUCCACCAAGCAUGAGCGUCGCAAGGAUUACCAGCCGGCUACCAAUAGCUGUUCGCCCUAGACCAGUCCUGCAGCCGACAAUUGGUUGGACACAGCACGACUCAGGAACGAUAGCCCAUCAAUGGGUCCAACUUCUGCUUCAAAUGCGGACGCUAUCAUGCUCGACUCGCAACGUCUUCCACCACCGGAGUCGACGUCCUCUUGGUCAACGGCACUUGCACUCUCAUAACCCAGCAACACGAACCUCAGUAUCUAACGGCAGAGAAAAGGUCUCCAUCCAGGACCCUUGGCACGUCCCGGUACCGCCGCGAUCCCAAGCCUCAGAAAGCACGCAUCCAAAUGGUCAGCCAUCCAGGAGGACCAGUACCCGAACUUCUCGACAUGCCACCGCCAAGUCUACAGCCGCUACUACCUCAGCCGAACUCGAGAAGCCAGGCAUUAUCCCUAAUCCAUCAUCAAUGGACCCAAACACGGAUUAUUGGCGGAUAUACCAGGACCACCUCAACGACAAGAAAGUUGUUGGUGACGCGGAUCGCCUUCGGCUUUGUCAAUGGCUCAGCAGCAAGGACAUGACCAAGGACGUAGCAGCGAAACUCCACCUUCUCAUGAUGGAGUUGAAGAAGCGCUCUGUACCCUUCAACACCGACUAUUACAAUGACCUGAUCUACUGCCAUAUAAAGCGGAAAAAGUACCAGGAUGCUCAGGAUAUCAUGGACCUUUUGGCGAAGGAGCCGCGGAGGAUGGGUGUGCUCCAGAGGACACUUGCCCUUCGGGUAGCGAUGUACAUGAAGAGCGAGAACGAGGCUGCGCUUCAAGAGCUUGUCGGACUCCAAGAUAAUGGACUCGCGCAUUACAUGGACCAGUUUCUCAAGUGGACCAAGGGACUUCAGCUCUCGAGCGAACAGAUCAACCGUGUAAAGGCCAUUUUUUACAAUACCCAGAACAACACAUGUCCACCCAAUUCGAGACGGUUUACACAUCUUCUUGAGUCCCGAUUUAAGAUGAAGCGGCCCGAAGAGGCGUUGGCGCUGUUGAACCAUACGCUUGACAUCGGGUUUCCUGCGGAGGAGUUCACGAUCUCAUGUGUCGUUUCGGGAUUGGUGGAGGCUGGUCUUUGUAAAGAGGCCACACAGAUCUAUCUUCGGACCACGUAUCAGUCAGGAAUCGACCCAAGCCUAGUACUCCUCAACUCACUCCUCUCGGCACUCUGUAAGGAACCGAGGCAAUUUCUUGCGGCCAUGGAUUUAUGGAAUCAGAUGCUGCAGGAUCCAAAGAUCAGACCGGACUCGUAUAGCUUCGGGAGCAUGAUGAACGGCUACUUUGGGGCACAUAAUCCGGACUCGGCCAUGGACCUCUGGACAGUAAUGCAGGCGAAACCGCACUCAAUCAAACCGACCCCAGUACUCUAUAACACCGUGUUGUCCGGGCUGUUCUACAACCAUCAACCCGACAGAGCUAAGGUUGUCUACGGGGAGAUGACUGCCAGCAGGGAGAUUGAGGUGCCAUUGGAUACCUACAACAUCAUGAUCAAGGGGCUUCUUUCACUGCGAGACCUUGAGGCAUUGAGCAAAAUCAUGGAGAGGAUGGCUCAGUCAGGCAUACAACCGAACGAAACGACAUAUAAUAUUAUCACUGACACGAUCUUCUCGCAGCGCGAUCCAGAGGCGGCCCUCAAGGUCACGGAGGUCAUGUCAAGUCGUGGCGUGCCUAUGACAGGCGUCACGUAUUCAGCCAUGAUCGCAGGUUUCGUCAGGACUGGUGCGUUUGAGCAGGCUCAAAAGACAUAUGAGGAGAUGCAGCAGGCAGGACAUCGGCCCUCGAUCCACACGUAUGGAGCUAUGAUGCAGGGCGCAUUCAUGACCGGCAAUGUCCGUCUGGCGGAGGAAAUGGCCCAUCUUGCAAACACCGAGACCAAGGAGGGCAUGUCGCCAGGCGCCUAUUCUAUCAUGAUUUCUGGAUACUCUAAUCUCUUGAUGAUGGACCAGGCGGAGAAAUGGCUGUCGGACAUGCAGAGAACAUUCGCAGGGACCAAAGGGGGUCAGAUUCCAUGGAAGGUUUAUUAUACCCUGCUGAAGAACUGUCUAGAGAAUCAGCAAUGGACUUCAGCAGAGAGGGUGUUAGACAGCAUGAAAGCCUCUGGAUUCCACUCAACAGUGCCGAGACUGAACAAUCUGAUUCAGAGAGUUGAGCGAGGUAUUGCGAGUUGUCCAGAGUCCGACCAUCUCCAAGCUAGCAACUCUCGAUCUCAAUGAAGUCAUGGAAUAAGAGCAUUGUACAAAAG